AAUGGUUUGACUGUUUGGUUGUUGUUUAUACUUGAAACUCAAAAACCAGCUUGUUUAGUCAGCUUAACCAGAAAACCCAAACCAGGUUCAAUCAAUUUCCAAUUACAGAUCCAUGUUUAGGCUCAACUCGAACUUGAUGUCAGGUCAUUUUACCCGAUAAAUUAGGUACUAAUGAACAAGUUGAUCAACUCUGUUUACCUCACUCUCUUCUCUCCCUUUUCAUCUUUCUUUCUGCUUCUUCAACACACUUGAUAGUCUUGGUUGUCUCCUUACUGCUGGUUUCCUUCUCUUUUUUUAUUUUUCCUUCUCAUUCAAUUAUUCAACUCAUUCUCAUUCCUGUUUUUAUUCAGAUUCAUUCAUUUCUCUCUGAACCCUUCAAUAACUAGUUUUUUGUUUUGUUCAGUCAAUUAUUGGUCAACCAUUGUGAAUCAAUUAAUUUUUCUAUACCACAAAAAUCAUGGACCAACGGGAGGAAGCUAAUGACAGUGAAUUGAGUGAUUUGCUUGAAAGUACCUUAGAUGAUUUCUUUAGGCCUUCAUCAUCUAGACCGGAAACCUCGGCACCAUCAUCAUCAAGAACAUUUGGACAGCUACCAAGUGGUGCUGCACCCUCACCCUUUGAUCAAUUUACACAGAAACAUUCAAAUAAAUUUGGUGCACCUAGUAAAGAGGGAAUUAAUAGUGAUGUCAAUGAAAGAAACCAAAGUGACAAUGAGGAUGAAAAUGAUGCCGAGAAAAUAAAGCAGAGACUUGAUGGAAUACUGACCGAUUUCAUUGAAAAGGAGCCUCAGUUAAGAGAACAAUGGCAAAAACUUAGUGAAUCAUGUAAAUUAUCAGCUGAUUCUGAUGAAGCUUUUGAAACACUUAGUGAAACAUUGAAAAGUCUAUCUGAAUCAGCAAAAUCAAUCAAUGAUGAAAACGAUAUUUCGGAAGAAGAAUUAUCUCGAUUAUGGAAUAAGCUUGGUGUCUCAAAUGAAGGAAAUGCAAAUGGGGAAGGCUUUGAACCAGCAGUUUUCUCUCUUGUUACCAAUUUAAUGCAAAAUUUGCUUUCCAAGCAAGUUUUAUACCCGUCAAUUAAAGAUCUGAGUGAACGGUAUCCAAUUUGGAUUGAGGAACAUCGGACUGAACUGGACAAUAAAGAUUUGGACCGUUACACCAAGCAACUUAACUUAAUGAAACAAGUUUGCAUUGAAUUCGAAGCAGAAAAUGAAUCCGAUUCCUCCGAAGUUAAAGACUCAAGAUUCCAAAAGAUCCUGAGUAUAAUGCAAGAAAUGAAAGAUUGUGGCUCACCACCUAAGGAAUUGGUCGGUGAUGUUCCCGAUAUGGGAUCAGACCUUGAUUUUAGUAAACUAUCUGAAAUGGCCGGUGGAAGUGGAGCUUCUGAACAAGGCUGUUCCGUAAUGUGAUACUAUUUUAUAGUUAAGACCCAAUUCUGUCUUAAUUGUAAAUAUUAUCUUUCUCUCAAAUUCCAAUACUUACUAACAACAGUGAAAACAAAAAAGGUGAACGGGAAAAGUUUAUAGUUAAAUAGUUUUUAUAUAAUAUUAUUUUAGUUUUGAGGUUCGUUGUUUCAUUGCUUGUUUUUUGUUUUUUGUACGAAGUAAAACAAAAAUUACAAAGUAUAAAAUGUGUAAAUAAAUAAAUAGAAAUGGUGAACGACUGAUGACAUUAAAGUGUAUAGACAAAAUUAUAUGACAUAAGUAA